AAUUAGUAGCUAUGGAAAAGUGCCAAUCUUAAUGGUUUGAAUAUAGAAAAAUGUUUAUUAUUAGGUAACGGUAGAGGUAAGAAAAUGGGAGGGCAAAAUUAUCUGUUUUCUCUCGCAUGAAAAUUUGUAUGCCAUUUUUGAUAUCCCUAUCACUGUCACUUACAAUAUAUGCUCUGCUUUUUGAUAGAAUAAUAAUUGUUACCCUUAAUUAAAUUCUUAGAGGAUGAGAAAAAAAUCUUUAGCCCCCAAAGAAGGACAAGAAGAGAAAGAUUACGAUCAAAUGUAAUUCUCUCACCAAGUGAAUUAAAUGUAAGCACAGUAAAUAAAAGAACACAAGGGCAUGGGUUGUUGGACACUUGAGCCCAAGAUAUCGCUAGCCAUUAGGGUAAAUCCACUCAUCUCUUUCCUCGAGGGAACAGCUUCACCUUUCCAUCAAAUCAGUCCAAACAAAACUUCUCAGUUUCUUCUCCACUCCUUUCCCUUUCGAUCGCAUUCCAACACUCUGCAACGCAAACGCCGAAAUGCCUGGUUAUUCACCCCUGGUCCAUUGUUGUGUUUAUUUACUUCUGCUGCUAUUUCCACUGCCCCCCAGCCGUUCGACAAAAUAUCGCUUAGAGAGCAAAGCCUUGAAAAUAGACGCUUUCGUGAGGUUCUUGAUAUCAUUAAUAAGCUUUCCUCCCUGAAACCUGACAUUUUGAGUGUUAGAAUGGUGCAUUCCCUUGUCCUCAAGGUGGGUGCUUUUGCACACUUGCCCGCUUCCACUUCUCUUCUAAUUGUCUACGCAAGAUCUGGAGAUUUCCAGUCUGCGGUGGCCCUGUUUGGUGAAAUUCUUGACAAAGAUGUGAUAGUUUGGAAUGCCAUGAUGACAAUGUACAUUGAGAAUGGUUGUCUUGGGGCUGCAGUGGACUUCUUUGUGGCGAUGGUGGAGGAGGGACCAGGGUUUGAUUCUAGAACUCUUGUGAUUGCGAUUUCAGCGUUGUCCAAUAUGAACAGAUUGGAACAAGGUCAGAUUUUGCAUGGUUUAAGUGUGAAGACAGGGAUGCUUUCUGAUUCAUUUUUGUGUAAUGCUCUCAUAGAUAUGUAUGCAAAGUGUGGUGAGCUGAGCUCCUCUGAGUGUUUGUUUGAAGCGAUGCAAUUUAAAGACCUUGUUUCUUGGAAUUCCAUGAUCACCGGUUGUGUUUAUAAUAACAAUCCUCAGAAGUCUCUACAGUACUUCAAAAGAAUGGCUUCUUGUGAAAGACAAGCUGAUGAUGUGAGUCUCUCAUGUGCCAUUGCAGCAGCAUCUACGUGUUUCGGAGAGUGGAUUACUGGCCAAGUCAUCCAUGGAUGGGGGAUUAAAUUGGGUUAUGAUGAGAGCUCCCAUAUUUCUUUUGCCAAUUCCAUCAUUUCACUUUAUUCUCAAUGCGGAUACAUUGAGGCCGCACAGACUGUUUUUAGAGGAAUGAUUCAUAAGGAUGUGAUUUCAUGGAAUUCAAUGGUCGAUGGGUUUGCCUCAAACGGAAAAAUUAUUGAAGCAUUUGACCUUCUGUGUGAAAUGCAAUUAGCAGGGCGGCAGCUAGAUACUGUGACAGUAGUUACCAUAGUUCCUCUGUGUGCAGAAUUAAUGCUAUUGAGCGAAGGAAGAUCUAUUCACGGGUUUGCAGUUCGAAGGUAUAUGGGGUCUGACUUGUCAGUAGUGAACAGUCUAAUGGAUAUGUACAUGAAAUGUGAAAAGAUCAAGGCGGCUGAGCAGUUGUUCAACACCAUGCCAGAUAGGGACUUGGUCUCAUGGAAUAUAGUUAUUCUUGGGUAUUCUCAAAAUGGUCAAUCCGGAGAAGCUCAAACUCUAUUUAAGGAACUUCUUUACAGGUACUCUCACUACAGCUUGUCAACUCUUCUAGCCAUUCUUCCUUCUUGUAGUUCGCCCGAACAUUUUCAGUUUGGCAAAUCAAUCCACUGUUGGCAGUUAAAAAUGGGGUUCUCAAAUUAUAUUCUUGCAAUCAAUUCCCUGAUCUUCAUGUAUAUUAAUUGUGGAGACUUGAAAGCUUCAUUAUCACUGUUUUCAAGGGUUUCUGCUUCGGCAGAUACUUCUUGUUGGAACACCACAAUUGCAGGCUGCACACAGAAUGGUUAUUUUGAAAAAGCCUUGGAAUAUUUCAACUUAAUGAGGAGGGCAUCCAAUGUGAGGCAUGAUUCCAUUACCCUAGUUAACGUUUUAUCAGCCUGUGGAAAUCUUGAAUUGGUGAAUGAAGGAAAAUUACUUCAUGGGCUUUCUUUUAAAACUUUGGAAGGAACAGAGAUUCGAGUUCAGAAUGCACUGAUUACCAUGUAUGGGAGAUUGGGGGAGAUCGAGAGUGCAAAGUUGGUGUUCUACUCUAGUUGCAAGCACAACUUGUGUUCAUGGAAUUGCAUGAUAUCUGCAUUCGCUCAAAAUAAAGAGAGUAAAAGAGCAUUAGAAUUGUUUUGCUCUCUGGAGUUUGAACCCAAUGAAAUAACCAUUUCCACCAUGCUCUCUGCCUGUGCCGAGCUCGGUUUACUACGGCACGGAAAGCAAAUACAUGCUUAUGUGCUGAGGUUUGGAUUCCAAAAGAACACUUAUAUUUCUGCCGCUCUUGUCGACAUGUACAGCAAUUGUGGGAGGAUGGACUUGAGCCAGCAAAUGUUUCACAAUUUGCCUGAGAAAUCUGUUGCAGCUUGGAACUCCAUGAUAUCUGCGUAUGGCUUCCAUAAUAACGGUCAAAAAGCAAUUGAAAUAUUCGACAAAAUGAUCGAGUCUGGAACUAGACCUACCAAGAGCACUUUCGUUAGCCUUUUAUCUACUUGCAGCCAUUUGGGGCUUCUUGAUGAAGGUCAGUGGUACUAUAACUAUAUGUUAGACGAGUUCGGAGUUGAACCUGUAACUGAGCAUCAUGUCUGCAUGGUUGACUUGCUUGGUAGGUCUGGAAGACUCCAUGAGGCUUACGAAUUUAUCAAGCAGAUGGCAACCCGGCCCAAACCGGGCGUCUGGGGUGCCCUGUUAAGUGCUUGCAACUACCAUGGAGAUCUUGAGAUGGGUAGAAAAGUUGCAAAAAUUCUCUUCAGAACUGAACCUGAUAACAUCGGAUACUACGUGACCUUAUUUAAUAUGUAUGUGGCUGCUGGAAGAUGGAGUGAUGCUGCAGAAUUGAGAAGAAUCAUUGAAGACCGACAACUAAAGAAGACUGCAGGUUACAGUCUCAUUGAUAUUGGCUUUGGGUGAGAGAGAUUAAGGACCUCAAACAACCUCCGUUAUACGUAUGAAUUCCAUCCAUACCUUUAUUAGGAUUUUGUCUCUCCUUUUUAGCUGUUCAAUGUAAUUGUUUCAUGAUAUGCCAUACUCCUGUACAUAAAAGCGAUCACACUCUUGUUCUAAUUAGAAUAAAAGCUUCAGAAUGGGUUGACAGUCAACAAACUGAACUUGUGCCUCUCUUAUUAUUAGUUUUUUAACCUUUUCGGGGGAUCAUAGCUGGCAUGACUUGUAUCAUCAAUUUAAAAUUUCCAGAUUAUUUUGCUUCAACAUUGAUAUUGGUUCUUUGUAACCUUCACAUGU